AUGGGAGGAACCGCCUCCAAGUUCAAGCCGACGCCGGCGGGAGGAAGCCGACGCGCCGAUACCCCCUUCAACGCGUACACCUCCGGCGCGCGCCGCAACUCAUCCGGAUAUGUGGUGACGCCUCAGGACUCGGGGGGAACCUGCGCCAGCCUCUUUCGGAGCAAAACCAGCGUCGCCAGGCCCGAGGACGCCGCCCCGGCCCGCCGUCCCACGCGCAAGCCCUCCGAUCCUAACGACGCCGUCUUCUCCCCCUCGCACGCCCAUCCGAUGGUCGCCAACCUCAUCUCCGAGCUCGCGCAGUCCGGCAUCCUGGCCGAGCUCGACUCGACUGCGCGCGAAGUCGCGGCGGGCAGAGUCUCGCCCUUCGACGACGGCGACAGGCCCGACGGACCGGACCCCUCCGCGCCCGUCAAGAUCCGGGCGAGGAGCAUCCUCCGUCGAAACAGCUCCAUCACCGCCCCGGACCCUAACGCCCCAGCCGCUCCCGACGCACCUCUCGCCCCGGGCGCGCCGCGCGUCGGAACCGCCGCGAGGAAGCUCACCUGGAGCUCCUUCGAACGCGUCCAGGUCUACGACGUCGACGACAAGUCCAGGCAGUGCUCCUUCGUGCAACCCGGCCUGCCCCGGCGCAAGUCCACCGGCAGCUCCACCAUCGUGUCGAGGUCCACCACCCACUCCCACUCCGCGUCCUUCUUCCGCGACCUCUCCGCGUACGCCGCCUCGCUCUCCUCCGACGCACAGCUGUGCGAUGAUACACGCGGCGGCGGCGGGUUCGCGAUGGACCGCGAGUCCCACGCCGCCGCCGCGCGCAUCGCGCAGCAGCUCACGCGGCACGAGAUCCACGCGGGAGGGACGGCAUCGUUGGACCCCGUCGCGAGGUGCGGCAAGAUGCUCCGCCGGAAGGUCACGCCCAGAGUCGCGGCGAUGGUCGAGGACGCCGCUUUUCGCGCCAAGCUCGCCGCCGCCGCCGUCGUCGAUGCCGGCUACGGGACUCACGUCGGGGACCUCCCGAGAGACGCCGACGGCGAGAUCGUCGACCUGGACCCCGCCUCCUUCGGGCCCGCGGGCGUCGUCGUCGAACGGCCGAAGGCGGUGGCCACAGCCGGAGACGCCCUCCUCUCGUGGAUCUCCGCCGAGUGCGAGACCCGCAUCCGGGAACGCGAGGAGACGAACGCGUCCGUCGAGUCUAUGGACGGGGACGUCGUGCGGCUCCUCGCCAGGGUGGACGCGAUGUGCGACGCGAUUCCGUCCCGGCGGCUCGCGAGGGCGCUCAGGGAUUUGCAUCGCGCGAGGCUUCGGCUGGUUGACGCCAGGGCCAAGGCCAGGGCGCUAGACGCGACCAGGGACUACCUUCGGGGGAUCGUGCUGGACGCGAGGGACGUCGGCGAGGAGGCGAGCGCGCGGGCGAGCGGCGGCGGGCGGGUGGAUUUGAGCCGGGCGGGUGAGCCGUGCGAGACGAUGGCGGGGGAGUUCUUCUACUGCCUGGCGCUGGGCGGGAUGCUGCGGUAG